CAGACGUUGGACGAAGAACCAAACAUAUAAGGUCGCCCUGGUACCUCGAACCAGCCAGAAAUCUUCCUGUCGGAAACAUCAAAAAGUUACAUAGAUGGCGCUACAAUGCAGAUGUUACGAGAGUCGAUUCCCGGAGCAGGACGAUAUCGUAAAGGUAUGUGUUCACGCCGUGGGAGAGAUCAUGGCAGACGUCCGGCUCAUUGAAUACGACAACAUCGAGGGCAUGAUCCUACUGAGUGAGCUCACACGUCGACGGGUCCGCUCGGUUAACAAACUGGUGUGUGUGGGUCGUCCCGAGUACGUCCUCGUUAUGAGGGUUGACCAGGAGAAAGGCUAUAUAGACUUGUCAAAAAGGCGAGUGUCAAAGGAGGAGGCAGACGAAUGUGAGGGGAAAUAUUCCAAGGCCAAAGCUGUCAACAGUUUUCUGUGUCAUGUGGCGUCUCUCCUUGCGUACGACACAGAUCAACAACUGGAGGAGCUCUACUCACGUACAGCUUGGUACUUUGACAAAAAGUACCAGAAACAAGGAGCAUCGUAUGAUGCAUUCAAGUGUUCAGUGAGCCAGCCCGAGUUGUUUGACGGGUGUAACCUGGAUACCGAUACGAGAGACGUAUUACUAGCUAGCAUCAGACAGAAAUUAUCGCCCAAAAUAGUCAAAGUCAGAGCAGAUAUAGAGGUAGCAUGUACAGGCUACGAAGGGGUUGAUGCUGUAAGGAGGGCGUUGAAGAAGGGACUGGAGCUGACAACAGGAGAAAGUCCUGUAAAGAUACAUCUGAUUUCCCCACCGGUGUUUGUGGUAUCCACCAGCACAGUGGACUGGCAGGCCGGGAUAUCGAAAGUGACCGCUGUACUGGACGUGAUCAAGGCUAGUAUCACAGAGGAAGGUGGCCUGUAUCACACAGAUCGACAGCCAAGUGUCAUCAAUGACACAGAUGAAAUUUAUUUAGCGCGGCGAUUACAGGAGCUGGAAGUGGAGAAUCGAGAGAUUAGCGGUGACGAAAACAGUGAUGCUUACAGUGACGACACAAACGAUGACAUAGAGUCGUGUACCGAACAUGACAGGACUGUCAUUAUAGGAUGA